UUUGUUAAAAUAAUAAUUUUUGAAACUUAAUUUAAAUCAAUUUUCUAUAAAUAUAUACAAAAACUAUUUUAUGUUCUAUGCAGUAUAUUUAAUAAAAUUUUUCAGUUAAAUAAAACAGUCUGUGAUGCGCAGGUUUAACGAGCAGCAUGAUCACAAAGUAACUUUACGAUUAUAUAUCGUUAUUCUUACUUCAACUAAAACUGUAUAUUUAGAAAUAGUACAUUGACACAACUACGUUUAGAUUUGUUUAUUAUAAAUAUGGAAGUAGUUAGAAGUGUAUGGAAAAAUCCCGUUUUGUUGUACAAAACUUUACUGCGGGCAUCAUCUAGAAAUAGUAGCAGUUCAACAUCAAAAGUAAUAAAAAAAGAUGUUUCUGUGAGAGAUAAUGAUUUGCAAUUAUCAAAUGUAGAUGGAGAUAUAAUUGCACAAAAUGAUAUAACAUUUAAUGCUCUUGUGUCAACUGAAGAGUUAUUGGCACAAAUAGGAUUGGCAAGGGAAUUUGCAACAGAUAGCAAAGUUGAACAUCCUUAUGUUGAUAAAUUAAAAAGAGUUCAAAUGAUUUUGUUUGAUUUAAGUCAUGCUAUAUCAAAACCAAUACCUGGAAAAACUGAAGCAUUUGAAAGUAAACAUAUUAAUGAUUUGGAAGAAUGGAUAGCAGAAUAUGCCAAUCAACUACCUCCUCAGGAAACAUAUAUUAUUCCGGGUGGUGGUAAAGCUUGUUCUAUGUUACAUUCAGCAAAAGCAAUAUGUAAACGCGUAGAACGAAAUGUUGCAUUUUUAGUCCAAGAUGGUUUGUUAAAUAAAGAAGCACAAAUAUAUUUAAACAAAUUACAAAACUUCCUAUUAACAACCUCACGAAUUGCAGCAAAAUGUGAUCAACGUACAGAAAACAUAUAUAUUCCUAGAGUAGAAGUUGAAAAAACUGAAGAAAACUAAAUUAUAGAACGUAUAAAAAAAAUCUGUAGAUUAUUUCUUACUGCUUUUAUUGUAAAAGUAUAUAUACUUUUAUAGUAUAAAAGCAUAUAUGUAAAAGUAUAUAUAUAUAUAUAUACAUACAUAAACAAUAUAUAUAUAUAUAUAUA